AUGAACAUCAACACGCAAGAUUCGAUUGACGUGGAUGAGAUUGAUGUGGACGACUACAUACCAGCGGACACGGCUACGGCUCCCACUACUACGACAAAGCCCAGCCAAGACGACGACGAUGAUGACGUAAUGGCUGCGGAAGUGCCUGUGAAAGUGGAAGAAGCCGUCGUGGAAGAUGAAGAACUGGCAGUCAAUAAGUCUGCUGCUGGAGAACCACCAAUGACAACAGACGAUGACGACGACAAUGACAAUGACAUGAAGGGCGUGGGCGCUCCCGUCCAACACGAACCAACGUGUUUUACAGACGAACGUGGAAACUUGAAAUUUGUCAACCUGGUGGUCCGGAAUCCUUGUUUGGUCUUUUGGUUUAUUUUCUUGCUGUGCAUUGGAAUUACGGUUGUUUUGUUCAUGGUCGUCUUUGCCGAAGGAAAUCCUUUCUCUGAUCCAUCGAAUGAAUUCGAUUUGAACGAUGUGCGAUCGAUUCAGUACGAUUCGCUACGAUUGGCCCAUGAUGUCGUCAAUGAACAACUCGAUGCGUCGACUACGACACAAACCAAAAAACAAUCCGAAACGGCCGAUUUGACUUAUUGGGUUUAUGAGGCAGAAACACCCGCGGGUGUCUUUGCCACGUCCGAUUCCAUUCAAGCCAUGAAAAAUGCUUUUGAUAUUUUCUUGCAAGAUCCGGAAUUCCAAAACUAUUGUCUGUACAAGUAUCCGCAGAGUAGAGACUUUACUACAAGUACGACAUCUUCUUCUUCUUCUGAUGCUGAUGCUGAUGAUUCAUCCACCAGCAACACCACCAAUGACAACUCGACCAUGAUGAUGAUGAUGAUGACUGAAGCACCCACCACCACCACCACGGAAGGAGACGAAGAAAUUGCCGAAGAUGGGACUACUACCAGAUCUCUCCAACAAGGAAAUAAUGAUGAACCUACCUGCGAUACUCCACUGACACCACUCAUCAUGUACUAUCCGUCGUCUUAUGAUCCCGUAAAGGUCGCCCAUGUCAUUGACGAACUCAAAGAUCCCAAAAAGGUGGCCACCUUUAAUGCUCUCUCCCUCUGUUUCAUUCGUGGUCUCUACUGUGAUUUGUUGUUGAUUCCUCAAAAUGCUACCACUUAUUCACAAGAAGAUGUGGACUAUACAUUGGCAUUGGCAUGGAAUUUGACAUCCAUUACCCGUUAUUGGGACAUGAAGGGACCGCAAGUGGAAAAUAUUACGCAAGUCACGGAAUUGGCAUCGUACCUGCUGCAAGUCGAUAUUUUCAAGGGACUUGUCGAUUUUGGAUUUGACAAAGGAUUCAGUAUCGAUAAUCCCGUGUCAUUGUAUUCGCGUGGGAUUCUCUUUUGGGGAGGACCGCUGACCGAUCGCGGGAAUUUGACCGCCGAGGAAAAGGAAGAAGCCGAUGAAAAUGAUGAUGAACAACGAAAAGAUUACAUUAUCGACAACCAUUUGGAUAACAUGAAUGAUCAAGCAUCGGACGACAAGCAUCCCACUGUCAACUCGUACUAUUUCAUGGUCGCGCUCAUUGUUGACGUCAUUCUCGAAAUUGUGCAACAGGAUGCCAUGAAGGCCAUUGCCAGUCUAGUAUUCGUCUUUUUAUGGCUAUUCAUAAACACGGGGUCAUGGUUCUUGGCCGGGGUGGGAAUCUUUGAAAUCUUCUUUUCAAUUCCUGUGGCAUGGUUCAUUUUCAAUGUCGUCUUUCAAAUCAAUUACUUUGCUACGCUCAAUGCACUCAGUAUCUUUAUUGUCGCCGCCAUUGGGGCCGAUGAUAUUUUCAUCUUUAUGGAUGCCUACAAACAGAGCAAAUAUCGCAAUCCUGGAAACCUGGUCGAUAUGGAAACCAGAAUGACUUGGGUCUAUCGACGCACGGGAACCGCCAUGGCCAUUACGUCCGCCACCACUUGCUCGGCAUUUUUGUGUACUCUCAUUACGCCCCUGACAUCCAUUCAGUCCUUUGGAAUCUUUGCGGCCGUGGUUAUUUUCAUUGAUUACGUCUUGGUCAUGACACUCUUUUGUACGGCCGUGGUCAUUUACCACGAUCGCUAUGAAGAUCGAGGAUGCUGUGGAUGUUGCUGUACCAAUUGCACCAAGACGGACCCACCACCCACUCAAGCUGCACUCACACACAUGGAAUCGGGGGAACACGACGAGAAUGUCAAGGGAGACUAUGUCAUCGCCGCAUGGCAACUCAGCAAGAUUGAAGCGACCAAGGAAGCCGAACAGUUCCUCGAUGAAGAUCAUCCAUUGCAAAAGUCUGUCUCCAUUAUCAACAAUGAAUUCCCCACGGCAGACGAAGAUUUGGGUCUCAAGGUGUACUUUGCCUACGGGUUGGGGGAAGUGGAUCGUGCGGGUGUCAAUCUGUUGCUCGACCCGGAAAACUACGGACAGCCCGUCUUUUCGGAAAACUUUGAAUUUAACGAGCAAUGUCAGACGGAAAUGGUCAAAUGGUGCGACAAACUCCGGACGGAUUCGCAGUAUGAGGGAUUCGUCAAGAAGAAGGGAGGCGUUGGUCAAGUCUACUGUUUCAUCGAAGAACUGGCAGCCUACCGUAUCAAGGGAGAUUUGGCCGAUUGCGACUACGUUACUCGAGGCGAAUGGAAGGCGGAGGAGGGAUGGCAGGUCCCUCCCAGUGAAUUCGGCCAGUACAUGGACGGCUUUUUACGAGAGACUAGCUGCUACGAUGACACCGAAACCAUCAUUGUGAGGUAUGCGAACGAACUGGGCUGGAACGGAAACACCAUGAGGUAUGCGGCCAUUGCGCUGGAAGACGACGUGCUGGACCCGUUCUCUCAGAGUGCCGAAAACGUCGCGAGAACGCAAUACGAUGAGUACGUGAAGAUUGCAGAAGAAAUGGAUCGGGAUCUCUCGCAGUAUUGCACAGGCCCAGUGAUCAUGACUGACUUGGAGACCAAGUUUGUCUUUAUGAACAACCAGUCCAUCUACGUGACGACGGCAGUACAGAGCAGUAUUCUUGGUGUUUGCAUUGCCUUUGUGGUACUACUGAUCAGUACUCGAGUCUUUCACAUUGCAUUCUUUGCCAGUCUCUCUAUCAUCUCGGUCUUGGUCAGUGUGACGGGAACCAUGGUCAUGCUGGGAUGGGAUCUUGGUAGUAUUGAAUCCAUCUUGAUUGGUAUCAUUGCCGGUUUCAGUGUCGAUUACGUUGUUCACUUGGCUCAUGCCUAUGAAAUUGCAAGCGGUGACACCUACGAACGUUUGACGGAGGCGUUUGGGGACAUGGGUAUCAGUGUUUUGAACGGAAUGGUGACAAGCGUCGCCGCCAGUAUCCCUCUCUUCUUUUGCCAACUCCAAUUUUUUGCCAAGUUCGGUACAUUUCUGUGCCUCACGAUUGCAUUCUCCUGGAUCUUUGCCAACUUUGUCUUCAUGAGCGUGUUGGCUCAGUUGAAGAUCCCAAUCGCGAAGAGUGGAUGUCGUCUCUAA